AGAUUUUAAUUCAAUUAUGAACAUUCAACAUCAAUAAACAACAUAUCAUUAUUCGAAUGUUUGAUUUCGAAUUAGAAAUAACUAAGUUUUUUAUAGGGAACAAUGGAUAUACCCAGCUCACAUAAAAAUAAAAAUCUUGUUGAAUGUGGAUCAAAUUUUAACGCUCUAUUGGUCACUGCUAAUGUCGGUAGCUUAUUUGAGGAUCCCAUUCAAUUGCUAAGACCCUGGCUAAUAGCUUUUCUUGAAAAAGUGACUGAACUAAACCCUGAAUUUGUUGCUUUACAUUUACAAGAGGUCGGAGGAAAAACAUAUGAGAAAUCUUUGGAAUAUGUAGAGGCGUUUAUAAAGCAAUUAUGUGAAGCUCCCCAAAUGCAUGAAUACGAAACCGUUCGUAUUUUUAUGGAUGAAGACUUCAGUUCAGCUGAACAUUUUACGGCACUGGGAAAUCUUUACUUUGUACACAAACGUUUGAAAAGUGUACGAAUUUGGAAUUUUCUAACUCGUACCUGGGAAAAGGCUGAGGGAAAACAUAUAUUUUCUGGCAACAUAGAAACAAUAUCAAGCAAAGAGAAGUCCAAAUUUCCUCAACACUUUUUCCCCGAGUGCAAAUGGUCUAGGAAAGGAUUUAUGCGGACCCGUUGGGAGAUUAAUAACACAGUUUUUGAUUUAGUCAAUAUUCAUCUCUUUCAUGAUGCAUCAAAUUUAGCAGCUUGUGAAGAAUUUCCGUCCGUUUACUGCAAAACAAGAAGGAGAGCAUUGGUACAUACUCUUGAAAGGUUUCAUUUAGAUGAAAAAAAUGGAUUUGUACCGCUGUUUAUGUUCGGUGAUUUUAAUUUUAGAUGCGAUGUUGAAGGUGUCGUUAAGGCAUUAACAGAAAACCUAACUACCCACCGGGUACAAAGUGCAAAAAGUGAUAAUACUAAAAUUCACUAUCGAAAUUCUUCCGGCGACAAUAUUCUCACUGUUGGAAAAAAAGAAUUCAGUCAUGCGGAUCACCAGUUAAAAUUUAAAGAGUCCUGGUUAAUAAAAUUUGACCGAGAGCUCGAACCGUUGAGAGAUUUUCUGCAUGAAUUUCUUAUUGAGUUUCCACCAUCAUAUCCUUACGAAGAAGAUCCCGAUAUGCCAACUGAUUAUAUGUCAACACGUUGUCCAUCGUGGUGUGAUCGAAUUUUGAUGAGUCCACAAGCUAAACUCCUGCUGGAUGAAGGAUUCCCUAACUUGUAUAAUCUAAUUGGCGAAAACGUUUGCAUGGGCGAUCACAAGCCAGUCUAUUUAAACGUCAGCAUUAAAGCAAAUCAAGGUCAAGAAAAUUACACAGCCCAAACACCAUCUGAAAGCCUGCAGAUUAUCAUCAAUGAAACUGUGGGAAGCGAUGUUAUUUGGAGAGAACAAUGCCAAAUGGAUGCCACAUCAAUGCCUUGUAAAACCCGUUAUGUGAAUAUACAUCCAUUAAAUGCUGACAAUUUGACAAAUAAAAACGGAGGGUUACCGGUUUUGGAUGCUCCAAAUGAAGGAUUCCAAAAUAUUGUACAUAAUGCUCAUCCUAUAGCCAUUUUGAAAGAAACCACUGUAUAGAAUGUCAACCUUUUGCAAUUGUUUCAAGUGACAAAUGCUGAAAAUUAAGGAUUUAAUGUCAACCAGUCAUUUUAUUUAUCAAUGCAUUCUUAAAAGCGACCGCACAGU